UUUUUUUCGGUUCAGUUGGUUUUCAUUUAGUUAGUUUUAAUUCUGUGUUGAGUUAAUUUGUUUGGAAUCUGUUUGUUGUUAUUAAAUCAGGGAAGAUCAGAUCUGACAAUGAUAAAGCUCGGUAUAGCCGCGGCGCUGUAUGCAAUACAUUUUAUAGCGGACAGGACCAUACGCUCGUUCAGGGUUGGAGGAUAUAACAGGAAAUAUGUCUUCAUUACUGGCUGUGAUUCGGGAUUUGGCCGAGAUCUGGCUAUCCGCUUAGAUCAGAUGGGCUUCAACGUGUUCGCUGGUUGUCUAAGAGACGACGGCAAGGAUUAUUUGAAACGUCACUGCUCUGAUCGCUUGACCCCCAUCACCCAUGACGUCAGCAGAGCAGAGAGUAACAAGGCGGCCUUGGACGUUGUCCAGAGGGCUUUACCUCCCAACACAGGUCUAUGGGGUCUAGUAAACAACGCAGGGAUCGCCGGCAACAUGUCCCCCAGCGAACUGUGCACCCGAGAAGAUUACCAACGUGUGUUCGAGGUAAACAUGCUGGGUACCGUGGACACGACCAACACGUUCCUGCCCCUCAUCCGGCAAGCCAAGGGGCGCGUCAUCAACAUGGGCAGCGCCAGCGGUCGUCUCGCCGUACCCCCGGCACCCGACGGCAUCGCCAAGUACGGCAUGGAGGCGUACACGGAUAUAUUGAGGAGAGAACUGUACAGUCGUAAUGUGUCUGUGGUGCUUAUAGAACCAGGCAUGUUCCUGACUGGCAUUGUCCAGACUGAGGCUCUGACCGAGGGCGUGAGGUCACGAUAUGACAGGGCUACACAAGAGGUCAAGGACACAUACGGGGACGUGGUGGGCAAGUUCCAGAAGAUGUGCCAGCUGAUGAUCAAGUUGAGCUCCCCCAACACCCACAAGGUCAUUGACGCCUACGUGCACGGGCUGACCUCCAGGUUUCCCAGGACCAGGUACGUGGUGGGCGUGGACAGCAGGUUCAUCCUCAUCCCCCUCUCCUACCUGCCCACCUGCUUCACCGAUUGGCUGCUACAGUACAGGUAGCCACAAGAACAGUACAGGUAGCCACAAGACCAUGAACAAGUAGAAACAAGCCCAUGACAAGUAGCAACAAGCCCAUGACAGGUAGCCACAAGAACAGGACAGGUAGCCACAAGCCCAUGACAAGUAGCAACAAGCCCAUGAACAAAUAGCAACAAUCCCAUGACAAGUAGUAACAAGCCCAUGAACAAGUAGCCACAAGCCCAUGAACAAGUCGCCACAAACCCAUGAACAGGUAGCCACAAGCCCAUGACAGGUAGCCACGAGAACAUAAUACGUAGCCAGAGGCCCAUGAACAAGUAGCCAAAUGCCCAUGCUAGCUCUCUUCAAAAACCUGACAGCGACGCCUAGUGAACUCACCAGGUCAUGUAACACGCACUAGACAAUGAAACAACUCAGCACACAGUGUACACACUGAAAGAAGCGCCAGUCAAACUCGAAUACACAGGUUAAAUAAAGAAAGAAUGAAAAGCUGGAUUAUCAAAAAGAUGGAACAAUAAACAAUUUUAAAACGACGAGCUAAGAAUAAAUAGCUACAUGACAACUGCUACAAAUAUCAUUGUAAAUAGAAGUAUUCACCGAAGUAAUAGUGUAUGGGUGUAAAGAGCUUUACUAAAAUGUGGAUUACAUUGAGCCUUGAUGACUUGUGCUAGGUUUAUAUUGACUGAAUGGUGUAAAUAUUUUGUAGAUUCUGCUGUUAGUUUUAGUUAUUUCGACUGUCCAGUAUGUCUGUGACUGACAUACUAUGUAACUGCUGACAUACGGAUUGUCAUCUUCGUCCA